AUGUGAGCACGUGACAGUUGAAGCGGCCGACUUGUAGCGUCUACAGCGCAACACACUUUUGCUGAGUCAUUUUUGGCAAAGGCUGCUUCAAAGUGAGACUGGUCACCAGGGGAACCGGCGGCGCGGUGACUCUCCGGACCUCCGUGUGCCCGUCUGAGUCUCGAACGUCUCUAUGUCUCGGUACUUGGGUCGCAGACGAAGGCAGGACAUACAGUAGGUUUCCUGGAGAACUGCCGCUAGCAUUCGACUGGUUAGCAACACUGCCAGAUGAGGUCGCGCUCCAGAAGAUGCCCGUCGGUGAAGUCCGAGUGGGUCCAGUGAGAAGGAGUUUGCCUGCGUCCAGAUUCAUGUGUUCCUGUUGCGGUUUCUGCUUGGAGACCACUUAUUCCUCGAUUCUCCGUCAUCGUCAGUAAAAUGUUCUGGUCGUCCAUAAAAGAGCAAUACAACACACGUUCUUUGUAUUUUCCCUUUUAUUCUUCGUAUCACACUCGUCUUGCCGUUUUCUCGUUCGGUUCUCAACAACAACCCACGUGCUGGGUAGAAACGUAUAUAUAUGAAAAGUAAAGUAAUAAGAAAAAAACAGGAAGAGAUGUGCAUGUCCGGUGAAUUGUUUCACAAUAAAAGUAAACAUCACAUCGACAGGAAUAGACAUCGUAACUAAAUAUGCUAUGAGAACACAUAAUCCAACAGUUCCCGUGUGUUUGUCACGCUUCAGUGUGGUCGAUCAUCACACCGAUGUGACUGUUGAAGAUCGCUCAAAGCAGUUUGAAAUGGGUGGGUGUUAUUAUUUAAGGAAACCAAAAAAGUGGUCGGCCCUUCAACCUAUCAACUAGUCCAGCAAAAUUGGAGGGUUUUUAAUCAACCCCUCCCGGCACUCAGAGCGGGACUUGAGUCAUCUCGGUCAUUGUCCCGGAGUGGAACUAACCGGCACUGAUGGUUUACCACAGGUCUGAAAGUGAAGGUUGACUAAAAGACGUCUCUACAGUCUAUGGCUGUUUUAACAGGGUGGUUCUAACGUGAUCCCAUUGAUUAUGUCAUUUAUUUUAAUCUGUCAUAAUGGUUUUAAUAUGUAAUAAAUAGAUUCAUUUAUAUCGUCAUCAUUCAGCUCAAUGUAGAGGACAUAAGAGAAAAGGUCAGUUACAUCAUAACAUGCAUGCAACUGCGUUUUCUCUGAUCUUCCCUUUGUUCUGUACUAUCUGAGUCAUUCAGUUAAGUUCAGUUCAAGACUCGUGUUGUCUUUUGUGUCGCGACAGUCACGCUAUGUAAUGUGGUCCCCAAGCCAGUUUUGAUCGCCCACCCCCGGGUCAGUUCCUCCUCCUGUCUCUCUCGGAACACGUCACCCCAACUAAACCGACGCUUGUUUCGCUCUCUCUCGCCAGUGUGUGGCGCUGUUUACCCGCCACAAUGAGUCAGCAGCGUGGUGGUCAGCGCGAGCUCGGUGGUCGCUGGUUCCCUCCUGUCGGCUGCUCCGCUCUCACCGCGCGGCAGCCACGCAGCGCAGCUACGGAGAAAUGAGCUCCAGCUCCCCGGCUCAUAUUUACUGGACCGAGUGACUACUCCAAGCGAAGACGCGGAACCGGUCAGUCACGAGCGAAGCUGCUCCUCCAUCGGACCGUCCCACCCGAAGAGCGGACCAUGGCGGAGAGAAGUGGCCGCCUGAGUUUCCCGGGCAGCGGGGCUCUCAACAGACCGGUGCCCAUGAACCUGUUCGCGACGUGGGAGAUAGACGGAUCCUCCCCGAACUGCAUCCCCAGGUUGUGCAGUUUGACCCUGAAGAAGUUGGUGGUGAUGAGAGAACUGGACAAAGAGUUGAUCUCUGUGGUCAUCGCUGUUAAAAUCCAGGGGUCCAAGCGGAUUCUGAGGUCCCACGAGAUCAUGCUGCCCCCCAGUGGCUCUGUGGAGACUGACCUGGCUCUCACCUUCUCACUGCAGUAUCCACACUUCCUGAAACGAGAAGGAAACAAGCUGCAGAUCAUGCUGCAGAGGAGGAAGCGCUACAAGAACCGCACCAUCCUGGGCUACAAAACCCUGGCGGUGGGCUCCAUCGACAUGGCCGAGGUGAUGCAGCACCCAACAGAAGGAGGCCAGGUUCUCCCUCUCUGCAGCAACCAGAAGGAGAUGCUGGGCAAAGUGGCGGAGAUCUGGAUCUUCUCUCUGUCCAGUCAGCCCAUCGACCACGAGGAGGCGGCCCUGCAGGGGGGCCAGAAGAUCAAGUGCUCUGACAACUACUCAGAGGAGGAGUACGAAAGCUUCUCCUCAGAGCAGGAGGCCAGUGACGACGCUGUGCAGGGACAGGAUCUCGAGGAUGACGAGUACGAUGUGAGAAAGCCGAAGAAGCAGAGACGGUCGAUAGUGAGGACUGCUUCCAUGACCAGACAGCAGAACUUUAAGCAGCGAGUGGUGGCUCUUCUGAAGAGGUUCAGAGUUUCAGACGAGGUCCUGGAUUCUGAACAAGACCCGGCCGAGCCGCCUCCUGAGGUGGAGGAAGAAGAUCUGGACCUGGACAGCGUGGAGUUUGAGAACCCGAGUGACAGCGGGCCGGAGCUGGACGACGAUGACAGUGUCCUCAGUACACCAAAACCCAAACUUAAGCCGUACUUCGAAGGACUUUCCCUCUCCAGCUCUCAGACUGAGAUCGGAAGCAUCCACAGUAGCCGCAGCCACCGGGAGCCUCCCAGUCCAAACGACCCCGAGAAGCCCAAGAGCAGCAGCAGUGGCAGCAAGUUCCAGGAGGACGGCGUCUCUGAUAACGUCUCCCUGGAGCAGCCGGAAGCCGUGACCCCGACUACAGAACUGGAGAUGGACAACAUGGACACCUUUCUGGAGAGGCUGCCCCCCAGUGGCAAAAUGACCAAGACAGAGUCGCUCAUCAUCUCCUCCACCAGGCAGGAGCCCAAACUGGCCGGCAGGAGGGGAAGGAGCACGUCACUGAAGGAGCGUCAGCCCAGCAGACCUCAGAACGAGAGAGCCAACAGUCUGGAUAACGAGCGCACGCUGGACACACGCUGCCACCUUCAGAUUCCAAGAAAGACUGUGUACGACCAGCUGAACCACAUCUUGGUGUCUGACAACCACCUUCCUGACAGCAUCAUCCUCAUCAACACGUCGGACUGGCAGGGCCAGUAUCUUUCCGACAAGCUUCAGAAUCAUCACCUCCCGGUCGUCUGCACGUGCACCACAGCCGACAUCCAGGCUGCUUUCAACACCAUCGUCUCCCGGAUACAGAGAUUUUGCAACUGUAAUUCCCAGACUCCUAUUCCGAUCAAGAUCGCGGUCGCCGGAGCUCAGAACUACCUGAGUGCUGUCCUGAGGCUGUUUGUGGACCACCUUUCUCACAAGACCCCUGACUGGCUCGGGUACAUGAGGUUCCUCAUCAUCCCUCUGGGUGCUCAUCCCGUCUCCAAGUAUCUUGGUACCGUGGACUACCGCUACAACAGUUUGUUCCAGGAUGCUGCUUGGAGGGAGCUGUUCCACAAGCCAGAGGCCCCAGCUGCCGCCCAGGAGAGUCCAGAUAUCGUUGCCAGAGUAACACAGUACAUGAUGGGAGCUAACGGCGCUCAUCAACUGCCAAUCGCUGAAGCCAUGCUCACCUACAAGCAGAAGAGGAAAAAGAGCUUUCAUUUUGAUUUUGCAGUAAGUCUCUCCGUGUCCUCCUUGGGGGGGCGAUGGCAGGUUUCUUCAAGCCCCGACGAGGACUCGUGUCAGAAGUUCAUUCCUUUCAUUGGAAUGGUGAACGUGGGGAUCGUGGAGCAAACGUCUGCGACAUCAGGAGACUCCGACGACUCGGCUCCUGUGGGCUCCUCGCUGCUCUACUCCUCCACCCCUCCUCAGGUGUCUCCGGCCUUCAAAGAGGCGUCGCCCACUCCACCCUCCUCGCCAUCGGUCAACACUGGCCUCUGUGCCAACAGUCCAGGCGCCCAGGCGGAGCUGAUGGGGCUCCAGGUGGACUACUGGGUGGCCCCCACUGAACGGAAGAAAGACGUGGAGAAGCGGGACUCCUCCUCCAAAAACACGCUCAAGUGCAAUUUCCGCUCGCUGCAGGUCAGUCGGCUGCCUCAGGGUGGCGCCGAGUGCAGUCCACAGCCCAGCAUGUCCAUGACCGUGGUGACCAAGGAGAAGAACAAGAAGGUCAUGUUCCUGCCAAAGAAGAGCAAAGACAAGGAAGUGGAGUCCAAGAGUCAAGUCAUCGAGGGAAUCAGCCGACUCAUCUGCACUGCCAAGCACCAGCAGACCAUGCUGCGAGUGCUGAUCGACGGCAUCGAGUGGAACGACGUCAAGUUCUUCCAGCUGGCAGCUCAGUGGUCGUCGCACGUCAAGCACUUCCCCAUAGGGAUUUUCGGACACUCGAAAGGAGCCUACUAGCGCCCCGGCCGCGCGCCCCGACACUGUCUCCUCCCUCUCCUUCGUGCCAACUUUUUAACUCCACAUUGCUAUGUCAGCGCACCUUUUUAUUUAAACCGCUGCUUGUCCAUAUAUUUAAACCUUUAUUUUGUAUUUAUGUAAAGAUUUCUUAAAUGAGAUUCAGCUGACGUUUUUAAAAGUUUUGGAAGAAAAAAAAUGUUAACAAAUAAUCAACUGAAUCACUGAAAUCCUCCCAAUUUACCUUCAGUCAUUCAUUUCAAACUGGCACAUCACUUUGAGAAACUGCUGAGGGAACUUUGUGAAUCCAAUGUGCAAUAAAUGGUGGAAACUGA